GUUUGUCAUUUGCAAGGUCCUACAAUAAAAACACCUUUUAUUAAUUUUAAAAGUAAAUUUUCGGUGCUUGCAAUGAAAUGUCGUUCCGUGGAAGAGUUUUAGGAUUUGUGGAAGUUGUUUUGAGAGUGCCUCCGCUAUUCGUGAUCGACGAAAUAUUAAAAAUUGGACUACUGGGUUUAACGGAACUGUCACAACAUGACUUGUCAAGUUAUGAAGAAAAAUAUGCAAAAAUUGAAAAUGACUACAAUAAUAUUACAACAAAUAGCGAUCCCUACGACCCGCUGGUUUAUAGAUACAUUUUAAUGUCCGUAAUUAGGCUAGUAGUUAGCACAUUAGGUUGCUUCCUUGCCAUCUGCAUGUUCGUGUUAAGCACCAAGCAUCUGAUGGUAGUCUACAUGUACCUUAUGUCAGUUGGGCUGGUAAUCGUCUCAUAUUGGACCAACGUGAACACAAUCAACUCUGCUUUAAAUCUAGAGACCUUUGAAAAUCGAACUUUAAACAUUAUCAAUGUAGUUUCGCUGAAUCUCGAACAGCUUAUACAACACAAAGUCUACAUAUUUAACAUAAUACAGAAUUACUUUUUCCAGUUUUUGUUAGCAGUGAUCUUUACUAACAUACAUUUAGGACCGAGGAAUCCUGUAAUACAAAAAAUUCUGCCCAUAGCUUUUUUGGUGCCAUCUGUUUUGGUGGUAUUACCCAUACCGACAUUUUUACUGAAUCAUAUACCGAUUAUAGCAGCGCUGGUACCUCUAGCACUAGUCAAAUUUGUCUUGUGUAAUUCUAUAUUUCAAAUUAUACAUUCUGUUUAUUCAGGUUAUCUUCAAGCUAAAAAUAUCGUAUCUAAUUUCGGUAUGUCAGCUCUAGUAGAGUCAGAAUGGCUACGACUUAACGUACCUGAAGUGUUAAGAACAUUUUGGAUAUUGAGGGUAUUAGAACAUGCUGGAAUAUUCUUUUUAUCUGGCUAUUGGGACAUUGAAGAUGGCAACUCACCAUACUUUAGAUUACUAAAAUUUCUAAUGGUAACAGGAUGUGACACAUUAACAGCAGUACUUGGCAUAACGAGUAUAGUUUCAUACAUUUGUAACUACAUUGGUAAAUUCUUCCAAUGGAUAUUAUUAACUGAUGAUGAAAAUGAUAAAAAUUUUGGUACAGUAUCAGCUAUUGUAUUCUAUAUUCUAGCAUUACAAACAGGUCUUACAGGCUUAGAACCUGAAGUUAGAUUUGUAAGAUUAUGUAGGAAUUUCUGUUUGCUCUUUACAGCUUUAUUACAUUUUACUCAUAACGUUGUUAAUCCUCUUUUAAUGAGUUUAAGCGCUUCACAUAAUCCUUCUUUAAGAAAACAUCUUCACGCUUUACUGGUAUGUGGAGUAUUAGUUGGUUUACCAAUACUAUUAAUGUACUUCUUAUGGAAAACGCAGGAAAUUUCUACUUGGUUACUAGCUGUCACUGCUUUUAGCAUAGAGGUCAUAGUAAAGGUAUUUGUUUCUCUAGCUAUUUAUUCAUUAUUCUUACUUGAUGCUAGAAGAGAGACUUUCUGGGAGAAGCUAGAUGACUAUAUAUACUACAUUAGAGCUUUCGGUAACACAGUAGAAUUCUGCUUUGGUAUAUUCCUAUUCUUCAACGGAGCAUGGAUACUUAUGUUUGAAAGUGGUAGUGCUAUUCGAGCAGCCAUGAUGUGCGUACAUGCUUAUUUCAAUAUAUGGUGUGAUGCUAAAGCUGGAUGGUCAGUUUUUAUGAAGCGGAGAACAGCUGUUAAUAAGAUUGAGAGUUUACCAGAAGCUGAUAAGGAACAAUUAAGGUUAUUAGAUGACGUGUGUGCCAUAUGUUACCAAGAAAUGCAGAGCGCUAAAAUAACUAGAUGUAGACACUUUUUCCAUGGUGUCUGUCUUCGAAAAUGGCUAUAUGUCCAAGACAGAUGUCCUUUAUGUCACGAAAUUCUUCAUGGCAUAGACUCAGACGAAAGGAAAGAAUCUAGACAGCAAGAUGUUGCUGUGGAUAGGGUCCAAGAAGACAAUUACGAUAGGUGAUAGGUUUUGAAUGUGAUAUAGGGUAAUUUUAUAUAAAUUUUUGAGCUUGGGAGUGUUUGGACUGAUUAGCGAUGGACUCUUGAGAACCAUUAAAAAUUUUUCUUGGCUGUUAAUUGACUUUGAAAAGAGGUAUAUUAAGAUGAAAAAUAAAUAGAUUUAUUCUAUUAUAAGUGUAUAUAAUUAAUUAUAUAUAUUCGGAUAUAAGUGUUGUUAUUUCUGAUGUGUCAAAUUUCAGUGGCAAUGUUACUUUCAAUAAAUAAAUUUAGAAUCAAAUUGUUAAAUGAAAAUACUAAUCUUGAAAUUAUAAUAAUUAAGAUCGACGUUGUUUUAUUGAAAUGUGGCUGUCUAUACGGUAUUUUCGUUGUGACUCCUGAAAUAUGUCAUAAAAUGUUAAAAUUGUAUUUUUGUUAUACAGUAAAAAUAAUAAUAAUAAUAAUAAUAAUAAUUUGUCGUCUAAAACUAUUUUGUUUAAUAAAUUUUUUGUUUUGUUUUUUAUUAAAUUUACAAAACAUUUUUGGGAUAUAUUUUUAAUAACACGAUAUGUUGUUUUUUUAUAACUUUAACAUUUUGUUUUUAAAUUGGAGAUAAAAUAGAGGUUUAAAUUUUCUGUUAAUUUUUGUAAUAUUUUUAUUUUAAUAAAAAAAUUAGCUAAAAUAUAUUCUUUUUAUUCAGUUGUGAACAAUACAUUCAAUUAUUUUAUAUCUGUUUAUGGCGCUUGUCACUUCUUUCACAUACUUAAUUUAUAGACAGCCCCAUAAUUUAAAACAGCUCUCACUGAAAUCC